AUGGCCUCCGCCCAAGACCCCAAUAACGCCCUCUACAACGAAGAUGAAGACCUUCUAGAUGAUGAAGAUGAUGACGACAGCUCUGACCACGGCGAAGAUGUCUAUCUGGAGGCUGACGUCGACGAGGAUUCCGCAUCCUCUUCUCCCGCUACUGCGUCUGUUGUUGAUCGGCCUCCUGUUUCCAUUUCCGCCGCUCAAGUCACCGUUGCCGUCGCUGAUGUACCAGAUUUUCGUGUGAACCAGCAUCAGCACCACCACCAGCAACAACAGCAGCAGCAUAAUAUUCCUGAUGACGUCAUAACUAGCGUCACCAGGAAGCCGCAGGCUAUAGCCUUCCCCGACGAGUCACGGAAGCUGUUUCAGCGUCUCUGGACUGAUGAGGAUGAAAUCGAGCUGUUGCAGGGGUUUCUGGAGUAUACUACUCAGCGUGGGCCACAGAGUUCAUCGCACCACCAUGAUACGACGGUGUUCUAUGACCAGAUCAAGGAUAAGCUGCAGCUUGAUUUCAAUAAGAAUCAGCUUGUGGAAAAGCUGAGGAGGCUCAAGAAGAAGUAUCGAAACGUCAUCAGUAAAUCUGGUUCCGGCAAAGAUCACGCCUUCAAGAGUCCCCACGAUCAGGCAACCUUUGAAAUCUCCAGUAAAAUUUGGGGCGACAGUGUUGGAGUCAACGGCUCCGCCGUUCGUGCUGCCGCUAUUGAUGAGGCCAGGUUUGACGAUAAUGAUCCUCACAACUCCAAUUUUGUUGGCAAUCAAAGCCCUAACCCGAACAACCCCAAUGGCUUCGAUGGAAAUAGCAAGACGCCCCGAUCCAGGAAGCGAAACCGAGCUGGAGCUGUGAAAGUCGAGGAAAAACAACAUGCCUUUACAAGUAAUACUCAAAUUAAUCAACCAUCGGUGGGAGUGGGCGUGGUCACCCCAGUGGCUACUCCGAUAGGCGUGGGGAUGCCAGCAUCAAUAACUAACGUGAUUGAGGAGACUGUGAGGAGCUGUUUGUCGCCCUUUUUCAAGGACUUGUUGGGAAAUUCAAUGAAUUUGAUUGGGAAUGGAUUGAUCAGAUUAAAGCACAGUUGGAGGAGCUCAGGUCCAUGGGGAGUUAAUGGACAGCUUUCUUGGGUAGAAGUGUUUGCUGGCUCUUUAAUUUUCUUGACUCCUGGGCCUUUGAUGAGUUGCAUGUCUCCCCAAGUCCGUGAUGAUGGAUAUUGUUUCAUAUGUACAUCGGAAUUGACAUGGAGCAGUAGUUUACUUAUAUAA